AUGUCGCCUUCGUCGGGUACUCUUCAUACUCUUGGCCAUAACUGGCUGGGUAAGGCGGAUAUCGCUAUUCAGACGAUUUUCUUGUGUGGGGGGAUCGUCGUUGUUGCUUUGAGAUUAUGGUCGAGGCGGCUAUUGGGUGUUUCGUGGCAAUGGAAUGACUGGUUGAUUCUGGUUUCCUUGAUUGUUAUGGUGGGCCGCUAUAUAGUUGAGCUUUUGCUGGUUUUGAUGUGCGGCUUGGGCUUGCAUGCCACUGAGGUGACUCGGCUUGGAGGGGCUGAAAUAUUUGUUCGCUUUGACAAGCUCACAUAUGCUGGUGAUCUUCUAUGGAUUAUAGUUGUGGCCCUGAUUCAGUUGUCAAUUCUACAUUAUUACCUACGCCAGUUUCAACAUCGAGUCGUUGUGUGGAUGACAUAUACAACUAUGGCUCUCUGCUCAGCCCUCUGGAUCGGAAGUUUGUUUGCAACUGCAUUUUUCUGCACACCAGCUGAGAAAUUCUGGAUGACAGAUCUGAGCGGUCAUUGCGGUAAUCGCAAAAUGCUACACUUGGGUUCCACUGUGAGCGAAGCCAUUCUCGAGGCAUUGAUCCUCAUUCUACCCAUUCCAAUCCUAUCACACAUGCAACUAUCGAAAGCCCGGAGGCUAUCAAUGGGAGCCGUGUACCUCCUUGGAAUUAUUAUCAUUACAGCAACGGUAAUUCGCAUAAAAGCCGAAUUCGACCUCAAUCCAGAUGACGAAACCUUCGGCUCGGCACGAAAAUCCCUUCUCUCAUGCGUCGUUCCUCUAUUAGGCAUCAUCGUUGCCUGUCUUCCAAUCCUACCACCAUCCAUUCAACGAAUGUUCGGAACAACAAUAUUCUCUCCAUCAGACGGUGAGACCUACGGAUAUAGGUCAUCGGGCUACUAUAAAACGACCGUCAUAUCAGGCACACAAAUGGAAGGGCCGGAGAUACCCCUUGUUACUGUCACGCAGCCUCCGAUGGCCAAGAAGUUGUCGGAAUGGUGUCAUGGUCAGAUUAAGAUUACUUCUGAUUGGGAGAUUCAUUCCGCAAGGAACUCGGCUAGGAUUGAUAAGGAUUCUAUACGACGGGCUUGA